CUGUGCUUUCGUACAGUGAACAAUGGAAUGUGAAGAAACCACUGUUGAAUCACGUUCGAUGACAACACCAUGUGAAAUUUCAAGUAAUAAUGAUGAAACGGCGCAAGACGAUGCAGAAAACGCUGCUGGUGAAAUUAAUCAAGCUCAGUCAACUUUAUCCGUGGCGACUGAGGACUCUCGCAAUCUGACAGAUACGGGAACUUGUUUGGAAUUCAAUGUCUCGCCGUGCGAAACUGACUUUCCUACCUCUUCGCAGCCGCAGGUAACAUGCGAAACAUUACCAGAACAAAUAGUAAAUCUAGCAAUAUCUGAACAGACGGGGAACAACGAAGCUGCGAUUGUCACAGAGCCAAGAAAUAUAAAUUCAGAUUGUGCCAGCUCGACGGAUUCCACCUGCGUCUAUAAGUACAACUGGUCCACAGCGCCGAGGCUGUUGUGUGCAGCCACCAAGGAAUAUCAGUCCAUAGACCUGCAUGAGAAUUUUACAAAAGGAUGCCAGUGGUCGCCAGACGGAACAUGCUUACUUGUACCGUCGGAAGACUUCAGGAUACGCAUUUAUGAACUUCCCAGGGAAUUGUACUCCGGCCAGGUUCCAUCUGAUUUUGUGCAGACCAACCUUGCGCCUGCUUUGACCGUUAAAGAAGGUGGCCUUGUAUACGACACUUGCUGGUAUCCCUUUAUGAAUUCGUGGGACCCAUCAACGUGCUGCUUUCUUAGCACCAGUAGAGAGAGUCCUGUUCAUUUGUGGGAUGCAUUCACGGGAGAAUUACGUGCAACGUAUCGAGCUUACAAUCAAGUCGACGAAGUGGAAGCGUCUAUCAGCGUGCAAUUUGUGGAUUCAGGAAGAGAAAUAUGGUGUGGUUUCAAGAACGCUGUGAGGAUCUUCGACACGGACCGUCCCGGACGUCAGACAACCGACAUUCACUUUAAACACGAUUUUCCAAAUAUGAUCGGAUUGGUCUCGUGUAUCCGUGAAAAUCCAGCCAUGUCAGGUCUAGUCGCCUUCGGUACAUAUUCCAAAUGUAUCGGUCUGUAUAAAGAUGGACCGUUAUGCACCUUCAAGACUGGGAGUGGUAUAACACAAAUUGAAUUUAGUCCCUGCGGAAUGAAAUUGUUCUCUGUUGUCCGGAAAAGUAGUGAAUUUCUGUGUUGGGACCUCCGUAAUCCCGGAAAUGUUCUUUAUUCUCUCGAAGGAAGGCAAUCGGAUACCAAUCAAAGAAUACAGAUUGCUAUUACACCUGACAGUAAACAAAUAAUCUCUGGUGGCGUCGAUGGAAAUAUCGUUGUGUGGGAAUUAUCGGAAAUCGCGAAUUACGAUGAAGAGGAUUUGAAUCCAAAAUAUAAAAUAAAACUGUCCAAAGAUUGUAUAAAUGGACUAAGCUUACACACAAACUUACCUAUAAUAGCAACCAGUUCUGGACAGAGACAAUGUGAUGUUGAAAACAAGCAUAAAGACAAUAGCGUGAGAUUAUGGUGGGCUUCUUGACAACAGAGCUUUAGAUAACUUUUGAUUUAUACACAUAAUUGAUGCGUUGAACAGAGAAUAAAGACUGUAAUUAUAUUCAAUGCGAAGCUCGCCGUGACAGUGGUGAAUUGAAAUAA